AAGAAGCUCCAAAACAUGGUUGGGGAAGCACAAACGCAGCGACCGCCACAUUUAUGGGAGUUACGAAAAGACCGGCCCACCAAGGUUGCAGUGACAACAGCAGGGAAGCAUUCCACUAUGACUAUGAGAAGAAAGAAAUUGAAGAGGAGACACACAAAAACACGGAAGGAUAGAGAAAGAGAAACAGCCGUUUUCAGAGAUAAGAUGAGAUACACUUCACUGCUUAGAAGUCCAAAGAAAGAGGAAGAACAAGAAGUGCCAGAAGCUACUUUCUCCUCCUCCAUAUUACCCUUUUCCAAUAACCACCAACUACUAUACCAUGAUAAUGAUGAUGAAGAAUUCAGUAUCUUGGAGCAACUUGAAGGAGUCUUGGACGUUGAAGAAGAAGAAGAAGAAGAACAAAAGUUGUUACCAUCUCCACAGCAGGGAAUGGUAACUAGUUGUAGUGGCGAUGAUGAAGAGCUUCGUUGGGAUUUCAUGGAAUGGGAGGAGGAUCAUCAUCGAUUCCCAGAAGCAGAAAAUGAAUUGAAGGUAGUAAGCAAUAAUAACAAGUGCCUAAUGGAGGAGGAGGUGAAGAAAAUGGUAGUAAAGAGGGAAGAAGAAAGUAAUAACAAUAAUGUUGGGUUUUGGGAAGUGGAAGAUGAAAAGAUGGUGGCUUUGAAUUUGAAUUUGAACUAUCAAGAGGUUUUGGAUGCUUGGUCUGACCGUGGCUCUCUUUGGGCUGAUGACUACUCACUUUCAUUGGCAACCACCAACAAUGGCUACUACUAUAUGGGAGAAGUGCCAGUAUUAGAAGAAGAAAGAACAAGAAGGGAAGCAAGUGUUCUAAGGUACAAAGAGAAGCGCCAGAACAGAUUGUUCUCCAAGAAGAUAAGAUACCAAGUUCGGAAACUAAACGCAGAUAAAAGACCAAGAAUCAAGGGUCGCUUUGUGAAGAGACAUUGACAUAGAAGAUCCCACUUUGGCAACUCCAAAAAUAUCUUUCAUAAAUAUCUAAGAUGACAAGUCGUACAAUUAUUUUAAUUGGUUCUAAAUGAAAUAUUCUUGUAUUUAUCCAUUCUAAUUAUUAUCAUCUUCUUUGCAAUUCA